UCUCCGUCGGGAUUGUUGUGCUCGCUUUAGUCGGUAUGAGCUUGUGUCAACAACAGCAACAAUUCAACGCUGGUUUACCGUCACAAUACUUGCCAUCCACCUUGUCACAGGGAUCCUUCCAGGCGUCACUGGGAGGUGUCCAACAGGCACGGACCAAAUUCGAAGACAUCGAAAGUCAAUCUGACAAACUAUCGUUUUCAAACUUGGAACAAUCAAAGUCUUACCAAGAUGCUGUGCAACAACAAAAUCUAGCUCAAUCAUACCAGACAGCUUUCGGAAACACUGGUGUGCAGUACUCAACUGGUACGCCAAACUCUUACCGUGGCAAUCAAGAUGGCCAACAGUACUACGUGCCAGCCACUCAACAGUCAGCCGAACCUCAAUUCAUUACCAAGGAAUCGUACUCGACGUCCUUACCGGUAGUCAUCCCCGCGGCCACCCCAUCACAGAUUCAACCAGACUUCAAACAACAAUUCACCACCCCCACUCAAACUCAACAAGAUAUCUUUGGCGCCGACGCUGCUCAUGCUCAACAUGAGUACAGUCAUCAACAAGACUACAGAAAUCAACAUUUACCUUCCCUCGAUCAAGCUCAAGUAGAGUACAAAAAACAGGUCGCUGCUCUUGAACAAGCGCAACUUGAGUACAAAAAACAGUUCGCCGCUAUAAGUCAGACUCAACAAGAACUUAAACAACAGUUCGCUGCACCAAUUGAGGCUCAACAUGAAUUGAAACAACAGUUCGCCGUGCUUGCGAAGGCCCAAAACGAAUAUAAGCAAGAGUUUCCCGCCCUUGCACGAGCUCAAAAAGAGUACAAACAACAGUUUGCUGCUCUUUAUGAGGCUCAACGAGAACUUAAACAACAGUUCACCACCCCAACUCAGGAUCAACUAGAGUACAAACAACAGUUCGCCAACCUUGCACAGUCCCAACUGGAGUCCAAACAACAAUUGGCCUCACUUAUCCAAGCUCAAAAAGAAUUUAACCAGCAGUUCGUGGGCCCAGCUCAUGUACCACAUGAAUACAAACAGCGAUUCACAGCCCCAGAUCAACAAGUAUACAGACAACAGAACGCCGCCACUGCCACUAAUCCAAUAAAUUACUCGUACGUGGUCCAGUACCCGGCCAUGCAGAGCAAAUCCCAAACAGUCGCUGCCGUCCAACCGAAAUUCCAGUAUGCCACCAAUCCACAACAGUAUCAAACACAACAGUACUACAACGCCGUGCCCAGCGGACAGGUCAUCGUCACCGAACAGCCUGCACGCGUCUCAAAGUCAGCAACAAACCAAUCUUCGAAUGGAGUUUUAAUUUCCACCACACCUACCCCAUUGAAAGAAUCGGUCGUCUACAAGUCUUAAUCAACAUCAACACCUAGGCAAUAACCUGAAGUUGCUUAUUUAGCAACCUCAGAAUCAUUGCUUUGAAAUCGCACAUGAUAGUGCAGUAUAUAAUAUAGUCUUAUCGUUAACCUGAUUACACGACAGUAUAUUAUAUUAUUUAUUGG